AUGGCGUCUGACGAUCCUGUCAUAGACCUGUCACAGGUAUCUCCUGUCUUGCUCCAGAAAUAUAUCGACGGCUGUCACAUGCUCCAUCAACAUGAUAUCGUGGACGCGUACGGCCACCUUUCUGUCCGUCUGUCCCAUUCGACCUUCCUGAUGUCCAGGUAUCUGGCGCCUGCGUUGGUUGCGUCUAUUGAUGAUCUUGUCAUAUACAAUGUUGAAGAUGCACAGCCUGUCAAACCGGACGCCCCAAGAGGAUUCUCGGAACGUUUCAUUCACUCGGAGGUGUACAAAGCCUAUGCAGCGGUCCAGUCAGUGGUUCAUUCGCACAGUUUAGAGGUCGUGCCGUUUUCAAUCUCCGCAGUGCCUUUGUCCGCGUGUUUUCACAUGGCAGGAUUUCUGGGGACUGCUGUCCCUGUGUGGGAUGCCGCUACUGUGUACAAAGACCACCCGUCCGACAACCAGGACAUGCUAGUCAGGAACACCAAGCUUGCUUCCUCACUCGCGAAAGCGCUGGGGAAAGAUGGUCAGGUCAAUCAUCCAGUUGUGCUCAUGAGAGGCCAUGGUAUGGUUGUGACAUCAGAGAGCUUGGAGAUGUGCAUCUUCAACAGUAUCUACACGCAACAGAAUGCGCGGGUUCAACGCAGUGCAAUAGGCUUGGGCGGCGAGGUAAAGUACUUCACCGAGCGCGAGGCGCAUGAUACAGGAACGACGACUGGCAUGGGAGCUGUAAAACCAUGGCCACUGUGGGAGAAGGAGGUCACCGAUAACACCAUGUAUCGUAACCAAAUAUCAGGCAGAGAAGGUGGACAGGGAUGA